UCUAUCCUGCCAACAAAAGUGGCCGUACCUCGGCCAUGUCGUCGCGACUUUUUGCAACCAUGAUAGAAUAUAAGUCCACCAUGCUGCCCGGGCCUCGUUUCCCAUCAUCAGCCUCGCAACGUGGAUCAACAACAUAUUAUCAAGACAUUGGCAUUAUCAAGUGAAGCAUCACGUACGGACACAGAGGGCAACACAACACGUUGCCAACUAUGGACGCAUACUACGGAUAUGGCGAGGCCUCUCAGCCGGCGCCGCCGGCCGAAUGUUACCGGCCUUCCAAGCCUGAGGACUGGGAGCCGUACCGCGACAUCAUCGCCCAUCUGUACAACACUCUGAACAUGAAGUUGAAGGACGUCAUGUCCGAAAUGCAACUGACAUACAACUUCAAGGCUACCGAGAAGCAGUAUAAGACGCAAUUGAAGAGGUGGAACCUCGACACAAAGUACAUCAAGGCGUCUGAAUACAUGUUCAUGGUCAAGACAAUACGUGAACGACGAGCCGAGAACCCGCCAAAAGAGACACGCUUCGUCUUGCGGGGAAGGGUGGUGGACCCCAAAGACAUAGCCCGGUUCGAGAAGCGGGCUCAGAAGAGAGGUGUCCUGGAGGAAGGGGGUUCUAUUGAAUGUGACGGUAAGCCGCAAGGCACUCCGAGACGUCUGACUGGUGACUUGCUUUCCAACUGAUGUCCGUCUCUCCAGAACCAGUCGAAGACUUGGUGUACGGUACACCACCCCCCGAAGAAGCAUCCUAUCACCGCGCGGCUUAUGUUGAGGCUUAUGCAUCCUAUCAAUACGACCCAGCUACCGAUUAUUCGUACUCCUAUUGAGUGAGAUUUCCCGAACAAACCAGCCCUUUUUUCGAGCUAGAAUCGACCAAGAUGAGCCACCACAUUUCGCGACAUAGUCGAGCGAUUUUGACAUUCCCACGUCAUAUUUGAAUUUCGAGAUGUAACAACACGAUUUACGAGCGAGACGUGAGGAUUACAUGGCGUGGGAUACACGGAAUAGACUACUAGCGUAUAAUCGCUUGCCCAACAUUAUAAGGGUUCAUUUGUGUAGCAGAAUUGCUUAUCUUUUUUCCACUCUUCUUGUCUAAGCAGAGAGCCUUUCAACUUGAUAUACCUGAU